AUGUAUUUAGACAUAAGUUAUUUGAGACCUAAGAAUUAGUAAUACUUAAAUAAGCACUCAAGUAAUGUAAUAAGAUUUAAAAUCUAGAAUUCUAUAUUAAAUCUGGAACAGAAGGAAUGAUAGUUAGAAACAUUUAUGAAAAAGUUGAUUAUGAAGAAUAUGAAAUCAAAUUGAUUGAUGAUUUCAAAACAAAAAUUUAAGUACCAUUACCUAAUUCAUGGAAGACAAGUGAUUAUUUAAAAAUGCUUAUCUCAGCCGAUUUUUCUAUUUAAGGGGCGUUAUAAGUAAUUUAAAAUAUAUAUUUAGAGAAUUUAUAAAUUCAUCUUAGUUGGCUUAAUUUAUAUUAAAGCAUGGAACCAAAUAUAGAUUAAUUAAAAUGUGGAGAUUUUUAUAUCUUCGGAAUAGAUAAGCAAUCAAGACCAGUCAUAAUAGUAAAGCAACUUGAGAAUGAUAACUUUAGAACCUUUCAAUAUUUAUUGGAAACAGUGAAACGAUAAGUUUUGAUUCCUUACUUCAUUGAAAAUUGGACAAUCAUUUAUGAUUGCUAAAAUUAAGAAAAUAAUUUUUAUGAAAUUGAUGUAAUAUAUAUAUUUAUAUAUAUAAUUUUAGUUCAAUUUUGAUAAUAUAAAGGAGUUGAUGAUUAAUUUUUGUGGGAAUUUAAAUAAUCUACUAAUAGUGAAUUCUAAAUUAAAUUUUUAAUAAAUUCUUAAUUACUUACCAAACAGAAAUCAAAUUCAUUCAAAGAUUAAAUUAAUAAACAAUAUAAAUGAUUUAUAAUAAUAUAUUUUGAGAGAAUAAUUAGAGGAAAAGUUUAAUGGAGAAUGUUAAAAUGUUACAACUUUCUGGUAAAAUAUAUUUAAAUGAUUUUAGGCCUCCUUAACUACCAUAAGUUUCUGAAUUGUUAAAAUAAUUUACAUAUGACUGUUAAGAAGAUUAUUAAUAAGGAUUAAGGAAACUUUAAGAUUUUAAAGGAAGAAAUUUAAGAAAGUUUUCAUCUUUAGGAAGAAUAUCUCAUUAACAUUCAAAAACAACUAGUAUGAAAAAAUCAAUAGAAUCUGCCACUUUAGGUAGUCAUAUAAAAAUAUUUGUUCAUGAAGAAAAUGGAAAUGAACUUAUAGAAGAGGAUAUUGAGGUUCUUGAUAAUUAAGGAGAAUCAGAAGUUGAAAACUAAAGAAAAGUUGAUAUAAAUGAUUCUGUCGGUUAAUAAUUAUUAGAAAAGAAUAACAAAGUUUAAAUUUCAAUGAUUCUUGAAAAUGAACAGCAAAUUGAACAUAAAUGCUGCUCAUAGAAAUUUAAUUGUAUGCUAAUCUGA